GGGGAGGAUCAGAUAGGCUGGAUUUCAAUCCGGUGCUGCCACGCACUUGUGUAGCCUCAGAUAAAUGGCUUCAUCCCUUUAAGCCUCAAUUUCCUCCUCUCUGAUUUUGGGGGCUCAUGAUAACAAAACAGAAUUCUCGUGAUAUUUUAGGGGUAUCAACGACAAAGGCAAAGUCUGUAUGAGAGGACAGUGGGGUGGGAGGGGUGAUCAGUGUUUGCAGAGCUUCCUUCUCCAUCAUCACAGAACGGGAAGUGGAGGUAGAUGGAGUUUAGGUGGGGAGCCAGCAACGACUCUCCCCGGUUCUGAAGGUGAGGGUCAGGCAGAUAAUAGGUGCUCACAUUCAGAACAGAGAUUCCUUAAAGACUGUAUGGAUGAGUGAAUGACUGAAGGCAACUGGUUCUGCAUUUGGAUACGCUUAUCUUUGGGACCCUGUCAGUACGUCUGCCUGCCGGGGACCAGAGGCUGAGGAGGGAAGUCCCGCCUCCCGGAGCGGAGCCCCGCCCCCGGAGCUGUUGCAAUGCCUAGCAACGGCCAAAUACAGUUGCGCGGAGGGUCUCAAAGGCUUCCCUGCGAGAGCCUCCUCGCGUGGACAGACAGCGUCCUUGGAGCCUCUUCUCCUAGGCGGCUGUGUCAGUGGAUUGACACUGAAGUCCAAGUCCACGCAGCUCCAGCGCAUCCGCUCGCAGGUGCUGCAGCCGGGAGUGCCAGCGCCUCUGCAGCAUGUCCCUGCACGCCUGGGAAUGGGAGGAUGAGGACCAGGCCAGCAUGGGGCCCAUGUCGUCCAUCAGUAGCUUUUACGGGUCUGAGAGCCAGUGUGAGGCGGAGGAGCACCUGGUGGUCAGGGCCUGGGCCCAGGAGUCGGACUCUAACCAUCCGUGUAGCAGCGAGUCCUCAGACCGGCCUGCCAGCACAUUCACCUCUGACAUGCCCCACGUCGUCCCCUGCAAAUUCAUCAUCUCUCUGGCCUUCCCAGUGACUGCUGGUCACAAAGGGAAAUAUUCAAGUUUCAUCGAGAAAUAUAGGAGACACACUAAAAUGGACAAAGCUAUCGCCAAGGUUCGCCAUUACUGCCACAUCGAGUACUUCCUCCUGCCGGGGGAUGUAGAGCCCCAGAAGGUGGACAUGGUGGUGUUUCCAGCCUCAGCCAAAGUGUUCCUGGAUUCGGGGAUAAAGACCGUGAGGCCGUGGCAAGAAGGGGACAAGGUCUGGGUGUCGUGGACCCAAACUUUUAACAUCAACAUGACAAAGGAAUUACUAAAGACAAUAAAUUUUCACAAAAUAACCUUGAGGCUCUGGGACACCAAGGACAAGGUUUCGAAAAAAGUCAGGUAUUAUCGAUUAAAGCCUUCCGUGUUUUCGGAAGAUACAGGAUCUUUUGAGGAAGUGAAACAUUUGGUCUUAAGUCAGAGAAGACUGUCAGAACAGAGCAUUCACAUCAAAGAGGAGCUGCACCAGGAGCACACCCCAGGGAAACCAGAAAAGGCAAUAAAAAGCUUGAAGACUUUGCAGGCAGAAACAGAAAUGCUUCCCAGGAGCACCGAGGACUAUGAGAAGUUACUCAGGACGGAAGAUCUGGCCACAGGGUGGUGGGGUGCUUCAAAACCAGUGAUGUCUUCGGGAGGGGCAACCAUGUCGGAGAUGAGGCAGUUAAUUGAGAGGCCAUCACAUAGCAGCGUAACAAACUUGUUAGAAAAGCAAAAAUUUCAAAUUAAACAGAAAGAAUCAAAUGGGCAGAGGAAAAGCCGGAGGAGAAGGAAGAAGUCUCGACUGGAGGAGGAGACGGACUCCAGCCUGGCAGGCCUGGGGAGGCAGAGCCCCAUCUCCAUCCAGCUGGCCAUGAUGCCGCUCCUUGCAGGAUGGCAAACUGUCGUGAGUCAUGGCCACAGGAGGUCCACCAACAUCUUGGACUGUUUUUUGACCUUAAAAACAGAAGUUCCUCUUAUGACUGAAGAGCAAAAGCAGGAGUUGAACCCUUUGACCAUAAAGAUCAAGUGCGUCUCCUGCCUUCCUUCACAGCCUGUGUCCAUCCCUGAACUAGAGCGGCUGUGCAUGCCUGUGUACUGCCGGUACCAGUUCCACGAGACUCCAGUGCACAGGACCGAGGGCCAGCCCCACGGCAACCGUGUCUACUUCCAGGAUGUCAAUGUCAUUUUCCUGGGGGCGAUGCACCCCAGCGACCUGCGGGAAUACCUGGAAGGCCCCCCCAUGGUGGUGGAAGUUCAUGACCGUGACCGCAAGUUGGAGGGGUAUUCCCGCAAGCCCACCCUGUUUGGGGAGGACCCCCUGGACUCAUACCUCAACCUCCAGGCCCUCAUCUCCCCCAAAGAGACAGAGAACAACCCCUUUGAGUACCGGGAGAAGACGUGGGACCCUUAUGGGGUCGCCCAGGUCAGCUUUGCUGACCUCCUCCUUGGCCACAAGUUCUUGAACCUAGCGGUCCCCGUCCACAGCUGCAAGCCCAAGGCCACAGCCGUUGGCCAGCACUGCAGGAGCAGGAAGGUGGUCGGGUCCCAGGCCCCCAGGGGUGGCCUCCAGUGUGGCCCGAUGCCCACUGGCAACUACCUGGAGGCCAGCACCCUGCUGAAGCUGCGGGUGGACGUGGCAGUGCCACUGCGGGCUAGGCCCGAGGCCCCCGAACCCCCAGCUGCCCAGUUUGGCCGCAUCAUCUUUGUGUUCGACUCCAGGAAGAUCACCCUCCUGCUCAGCCUCCUGCAGGACAUCACCAUGAUCAACGCCAGGGCCCUGGACCUGGAUGUCUACCCACUGGAGGACAUGCAGCAGAUCCUGUCUGCCUUUAAGAUGCGGGUGAAGAUCCAGGAGAGGCAGGACCUGGACGUGCUCACUGGCUUCCACCUGCUGGACGGGAGGGUCCACCUCCUCAUCCUAGAGGGCCUGGCCGAGCAAGGCUUGAAGCAGCUGUGGGAGGGCCACCAGAGCCGGGUCCCCCAGGCGGAGCAGGGCGGGUACAAGGUGCUCUACAACUCAGAGCUGCGCUUCCGUAGCCGCCUCUAUGCGGACCUGGAGACUGUCCUGUACCACGUGCGCCUGUUCCAGCCACUGGCACAGCUGGUGAAGCACACAGUGCUCUAUGUGCGCAACACAGUGCCGCAGCCUGUCUUCCAGGCACUGAACAGGAUCUACUGCAUCUGCCAGUACAGCGCCAGGCUCAGGGAUGUGGUCACUGGAGACCUGCUGCCCUCCUCAGCCAUGAUCAAGGAGUUGAGCCAGGAGUUUGGGAUACCCAUUUCCCAGGAAGAUCUCACAGAGGGGAAACUGCUGGCCGUGUCCCCACCUCCUGCUCCCAACCUUGACUUCUGGAGCCGGAAAUCCACCCUCACCUCUGAGAUCCAGGUGCACCAGGAGAAGUACCUGCAGUGGCGGAACACCAUGAUCCUGAAGAGCAAAGAGCAGAAGCGCAGCCUGAUCCAGAAAAACAUCACAGGGGCCUACCAGGUCAUCAAGAAGCCCCCCAAAUCAGUGGUGAAGGUGAUUAGGAUCACAGCCCCUGCCAAAGAUGCUGUCUAUAACUACAGCAUCCAAACCCUGAAUUCUGCAGAGCUUGCCAAGAAGGAGCUGUACCGAGAGAUGGGCAAGGAGCCGAGGAAGAGAUUUACAUACUCCCAGAACUACCUCUCAGCCAUGGUGGAGCCUCAGGAUACAGAGGAAGAGAAGAGAAAAGCCAUGAGGAAAUCCCGCCAGGCCUGGCUCACACCGAAUGGAUUCCAAGUGGUGGGUCUUCACAGCAUGGAAUGGACCCCUCACCUGGGGCUGCUGCCGCCCAUUGAUGCCACCACAGAGGAGUGGAGGGAAAAGGCACUGUUUGCUAAUGUGCUGGAGCCAGUGCUGCAUCGAGAGAGGUGGUGCUGGGACCGCCGCCACCAGGACUUCGACCUGUACACACAGCCACCACCUUUCCUGGAGCUGCCCCCACCUCCGAAGCCCAGAACAGCACAGGUAAGAAAGCCUCCGGUAGAGCAGGGGAGAAGGGAGACAUGGAACCAGUGGCCUGAUGUUUUACAUUCAGUUGGACACAGAAAACCUGCUGCAGACGUGGCUCCAUGCGGCCUUCUGUCCCCGCACUGCAAGAAGACACGUGCUCUCUCCUCUGUGCAAAGUGCCUCCCUGCCAGCAAGACACUGUAAAAACUAAGGGUUUCGCUGGCAAGUUGUUCAUCAAGUCACUGUGUUUGUAAGCUUCCACCUGUGGAAGAUUAGCUCUCACCUUUGAAGAUGAGGUGCCAGAGGCUCAGCC